AUGGUAAAUGGUCUAAUUAUUUUUACUGUAUGUUUACAAAUAACUGCAUUGGCUGCAGACAUAAAGAAAUUAAAAACCAAUCAAUCAAAACGUAGACAAGCAACAUAUCAUUCUGCAUCAAAUGGAAAAACCUUAAACACACUUAACGGAGCUGCAGUUCCAUUACCAAUUCUAAAAAUUCAACAAAACACUGGUGCAUUACCGAUAGUGCAUGUACAACAAGCAGCAGUUCAUCCACUACCACAACCAGUACAACCGACGCCAUUUACAAGUCAUCCUGUAUCACAACCAAUACAACCCGCUCCAUUUACCAAUCGUCAUAUAUCACAACAGGCACAAUUUACAAACCAUGUGGUACCGCAAUCGGUAGUAUCAUCAAAUCAUUUACAGAAUCAGUCACCAGUCACACCAUUUUCAAAUCAACCUUUUCCUUCUCAACCCGCUGCGACAUCAUAUUCAAAUUCUGGAUUUUCAAAUCAUGCUCACCAAUCAUCACAUGUAAAUCACGCAACACCGGUAAAUACUAAUCAACCAAUCAUUGACCAUAAUUAUAAUUAUGAAUACGCAGUACAUGAUGCGCAAACCGGUGAUUUUAAGGAACAUAGAGAAUCACGUCAAAACGGUAAUGUUGAAGGAUACUAUAGUUUAAUUGAGCCAAAUGGACGUAAACGUGUUGUACGUUAUAAUUCAAAUCCUUUGAAUGGAUUCAAAGCACAUGUAACGUAUGAAAAUGUUGGGAAUAUACCAAUUCAACAAGUGACAAGUAACAAUUUGGAUUCUAAUAAACAAAUUGAUCAACAAGUCUUACAGCAAUUUAGUAAUCAAUUUCCAGAAACUCAUGUAUCAAUUAACACACCUGUUUUUAAUUAUAAAUAUUGA